CAUUACAAAGAAAAUAUUAGAUACAGAAAAUCAAAAGUGUAAAUUUUCAGUUUUCUCCCUCCAUUCUCUAAACUGAAAAAUAACAAAUAAGAGGGCUUAUGCUUCUUCAAAAAAAAAAAAAAAAGUAUCAUUUGACCAUAACCAAUGGUCCAUCACCUCCCCUCUCCUUCUUCCUUUCUUCCUCCUAUCUCCUUCAAUCUUUCCUCUUAUAUCUCUUUAUCUCUUUCAUUCUCCCCCAUUUAAUUUCUCCCUUCUCCCUAUAUUAUCCAUAAUCUUGAAGAAACUUGCAUAGGAUUUUAUAUAUUCAUACCUCAAAAUGGGAAAUAUCUGUUUUUCUAGCUCAAAAGUUAGUGGUUCUAAUAGCAACACCCCCUCCACAACCACCACCAACACAGCCACCGUGAAUGGAAACCACAACAGGAGGAGCCGAGCCAAUCCACCUUCUACAACCAGAGUUGCAUCAAGAAAACCAGAGGGCUCUCAUAAAAAUAAACACAAAGCUAAAGAUAACCACAAACAACCUAGGAAUUCUCAGCAAAAUGUUAAGAACAAUUCAAGAAAGCAAAGUGGGGUUAUUCCUUGUGGGAAAAGAACGGAUUUUGGGUAUGAUAAAGAUUUUGAUAAGAGGUUUACAAUUGGCAAGUUGUUGGGUCAUGGCCAAUUUGGAUACACAUAUGUUGCCACAGAUAAGUCUAAUGGAGAUCGCGUGGCUGUCAAGAGAAUUGAGAAGAAAAAGAUGGUUGUUCCAAUUGCAGUUGAGGAUGUGAAACGAGAAGUCAAGAUAUUGAAGGCCUUAGCCGGUCAUGAGAAUGUCGUCGAAUUCUAUAAUGCAUUUGAGGAUGAUAACUACGUUUACAUCGUAAUGGAGUUAUGUGAGGGUGGAGAACUCUUGGACCGCAUUUUGGCCAAAAAGGACAGCCGUUAUACCGAGAAAGAUGCAGCAAUAAUUGUACGUCAGAUGCUAAAAGUUGCCGCUCAAUGUCAUUUACAUGGUUUGGUGCAUCGUGAUAUGAAACCUGAGAAUUUUCUCCUUAAAUCUACAAAGGAGGAUUCACCAUUAAAGGCCACAGACUUUGGUCUUUCAGACUUCAUAAGACCAGGGAAGAAAUUCCAAGAUAUAGUUGGCAGUGCAUAUUAUGUAGCCCCAGAGGUAUUAAAGCGUAGAUCAGGACCUGAAUCAGAUGUGUGGAGUAUUGGUGUAAUUACAUUCAUUUUGCUCUGUGGCCGUCGGCCCUUCUGGGACAAAACAGAGGAUGGAAUAUUCAAGGAGGUCCUACGAAACAAGCCUGAUUUUCGUCGCAAGCCAUGGCCAACUAUAAGCAACAGUGCUAAAGAUUUUGUGAAGAAAUUGUUGGUGAAAGAUCCUCGUGCUAGACUUACUGCUGCCCAGGCCCUAUCGCACCCAUGGGUCCGUGAAGGAGGUGAUGCAUCUGAGAUUCCACUGGACAUUUCCGUCUUGUCCAACAUGCGACAGUUUGUCAAAUACAGUCGAUUAAAACAAUUUGCUUUACGGGCAUUGGCUAGCACACUUGAUGAGGAGGAGCUGGCAGAUGUCCGUGAUCAGUUUGCUGCAAUUGAUGUGGAUAAAAAUGGUGUCAUUACCCUUGAAGAAAUGAGACAGGCCCUUGCCAAGGAUCUCCCCUGGAAGAUGAAAGAAUCACGGGUUCUUGAGAUUCUUCAAGCGAUUGAUAGUAACACAGAUGGGCUUGUCGAUUUCCCAGAGUUUGUUGCAGCGACUCUACAUGUCCCUCAGUUGGAGGAGCAUAAUUUGAUAAAAUGGCAGCAAAGAUCGCAAGCAGCUUUUGAGAAAUUUGACGUUGAUAGAGAUGGAUUCAUAACUCCAGAAGAACUUAGAAUGCACACUGGCUUAAAAGGCUCCAUAGACCCACUGCUAGAAGAAGCAGAUAUCGACAAAGAUGGAAAGAUAAGCUUGUCAGAAUUUCGUAGGCUUCUAAGAACUGCAAGUAUAGGUUCACGAAUGGUGACUAGUCCAACCGUCAGAGGCUCUCGGAAAAUUUAACUUCAUAAAGAUAUAUACAUAGACGUGAGUGUUUAGAGAUGUGAAAGUUCUCCAUGAGAAAUUUCAAGUUCUCCAUGAGAAAUUUCUUUCUCAAAAAAAAAAAAAGUUCUCCAUGAGAAAUUUUUGUUGGAAAAUCAUGUUCAUUUACGUGUUCUCAUGUGCUGUUCCUCUGCUGCCAUUCUCUAUAUGGAGGUCUCUAAGAUGAAAUGGUAUUUUCGAGACCUUUGGCCCCAUGGUCUUGUGUAGCCAGCAGCCGCCAUGCCAAGAGCAGUUCCUGCAGAAUUUGCCAGAAAGGCAUUUGGCAUGAAGUUGCUUUCUCCUAAACAACCAGCGGCAAUGUACGUCAUCUGGUUGUUUUAUUGUACAUUCUUUGUGAGUUUUCUGUGCUUCCCUUUGAUAAUGUAAUACUAUGUCAUUAUAGAUUAUAUCAUCGAUGAUAAAUAUGUAUCAUUAGGCCUAAAGGCUAUAAAUCA